AGUGUAACAGAAUAUCAGUAUAUCAAUAGUAUAUCAAUAGUAUAACAGAAUGGCCGGAAGUCCAAAGAAAGGUAGUCCUAGAAAAGCAAGUCCCAAAAGAGGCGGAAGUCCUAAAAAGACCAGUCCUAGAAAAGCAAGCCCUCAUCGAUCAUCGAGACCUGCUAGCCCGAAUAAGAAAGCUCAUAAAGGUAAAAAAGCAAUUAAAGCUAUACAUAAGAAAAACAAGAAGAGUCAUCACCGACGAAAAGGAAAGCAAAGUUAUGGCAUCUAUAUUUACAGAGUGCUUAAGCAAGUUCAUCCUGAUGUUGGAAUUUCAAGCAAAGCUAUGAGCAUAAUGAAUUCAUUCGUCAACGAUAUUUUUGAGCGAAUUGCGGGAGAAUCGUCAAAACUUGCAGUGCACAAUAAGAAAAUGACCAUUUCUUCACGCGAAGUUCAAACAUCAGUGCGUCUCAUUCUUCCAGGAGAGCUUGCAAAACAUGCUGUUAGUGAAGGAACAAAAGCUGUUACAAAGUAUUCAAGUUCAAAAUAACUUAAUUUUGGUAACGGCUUCUUUGUUUGAGGCUUGGAUUUUUACUAACAAAUAAUUAAAGGAGAACUUAUUGUAAUUAACAGUCGGAAAAAAUGUAAAAAUGACUAACGUUAGUAAUUUAUUUUUUAGGUUAUAUAAUUUAUUUAAAUUAUUAAAUGUAAUUAGAAAAAACUUUUAAUGAAUUAGAUUAUGUUUUCUUUAAA